UGGAAGGUGAAAACGCUAUUCAACUAAUUUAAUGUCCUUAGAACAUUAUAAUAUUUGAGCAAGUUUGUAGUAUGAAAUAGGUGAAUUUGUCUUCAAUCCACGUAAUACGAGGCGAGAUAAUCCACGUCUUCAUAUUUUUUAAUUUAAAGUUCAACAUACUUUGGUCGGAUUAACAAAAAACCAAUCAAAAUGACAUGGGAUGUAACGUUGGAUUUUGAGUAUGUGGUAACUAAGAAAAUACCACCUCGUAUAUGUUUUGGCACGGGGCUCGAUCGUGAAGUGUUACCAAUAAAAGGACCUAUGUUGAGUCCUUUUAUGAGGCGAAAUGCUCCUGAAGUGAAACCGAAUUUGGGUCCCGGCACUUAUGAUGAUAAACGAGACGCCUUUUACGACCUCACGCACAGGAUUUACAGCAAAUGUUAUUAUGGACCGAAAUCACCCAGAUGGAAGGUAAAACACGAGUAUCAACCACCUCCACGAGAACCUGUGCAAAUAAAGGCUCUGCCACUAAAUUGUGCACCUUUUAAUUCUACUUCAAAGAGGAAGGGGUUAUUUAAAUCUGGCGAGUUUCCGGCACCAUGUGACUAUUGUCCAGAAUAUAAAAAGAGACAAAUGAAAUUCGCCUAUAGUUUCUCUGGUAAAAAGAUUUUAAGAUGCGCCGUCGAAAUAAAAUGCGUUCCAUAUAAUCUGGAUGCUUGUGGUUUUUGCGGGUGCUCCUGUUCUGCACAAGGAGACUAUUGGCAUUUUGAAAACAGAAUAUUCCUGUGUCGAAAACAUUAUUCGAGACUGUUUAAGAAUUGUUUAGCUAAAUUUCAAGGCGCAAAAUUGGUUGAAUUUAAGUCGGUGAGAGAUUGUUUCUUCACACAUGCACACAAUAGUUGCAAAGCUGCUUUGAAAAUAAUGAAAGUUGAAGAGAUAGAAAAGAAACUACGAAAGGAAGCUUAUCUUGACUUAUUUUUUCCACAACGCAGAUUUUGUAAUAAUUAAUUUGAAUGUUAAUAUAUUUUACUUUACUUAAUAUAUUAUUAAUUGAUUUUUUUUUUUUGACGACAAAAAUAACUGU